AUAUGAGGCAGGCAUAACCUGUGAAUGGGGACGAAGUCUGUAUGUAUUAUUUUCUUAAUUCAAUCAUGUUGAUAAAAGAAACCGAAAUACCGUACGUAACGUUCCCGAUUUUGGUUCUGUUGUUAGGGAAUUAGCUGUGACGUUCUUUAAGUUAUGACGUCAUAUUCGAUGUAAACAAAAGAAACGCUUUCAUCAGAAUUUAGAAAUAUGGCCGAAGAUUUUAAUGUUUUGAAAGACUUACAGAGUCACCUUAGAACUGCACAAGUUCCGAUAGAACAGAUGUCAACUCUGACCCAGCAGGGGGAUGACAAGCACUGGGUAUUGAACAGUAAAGAUUUCAAGCUUGUAGAAGAUUUUUUAACAGAGAACAUUAAAGUACAGGGAAGUGACACUGAAGUGUUACAAAGCCAGUUGUAUAUAGCUUGUUUCUGGGGUAUGAAGGAAACUGUAAAAGAAAUCUUAUCCAAAAGAAUAUCACCAAAUAGUCAGAAUAAAGGUACACUUUGGACACCUCUACAUGCAGCUUGUUUCCAGGAACAUGGACCUAUAGUCAUGAUACUGUUAGAAGCAGGAGCACAACCAGAACUACCCGACUCUGAGGGAAGGACAGCUAAAGAUUUUGCCUCAGCAUCAGAUAAAGUAUGGCCACAUUUUGCAGCAUUAAAUCUAAAAAGAACACACAAAUGGGAGCUUGUUGAGAAAGGGGUCAUUAAAAAGAUUUCCAGUAAUCAGUUAAAUAACCCGGCAAGACGAAGUGGUCAUGGAAUAAGGCUGGCUGCUAACAGUCGACCAGAAUCAGCUUAUGCUUACAACAGUGAUCCGUUCAUCCAUGCUGCAGUAACAGGGGACGUGUUAGCUGACCAAGAGGAAAAAAUGUCUGGUCAACAAAUACAACCUCAGUUCUCAUUAUGGAGAUGAUACAUUUUCUAGUCACAUAUCUGUUACAUGUUAUCCAUCAUCACAUUCAUCGAAACCAGGGUAUGCAUAGCAAGGACUACAUAUGGACUACGAAGUCAAUAAAUCAUUCAACAAAAAUUCAGACCACCAUAACAGUGAUUUAGCCUUUGUUAUUUAUAGCAUGUUUGUAUGGUAUAAGUCAGUACACUAGGUAUAUCCUUGAUCAAACCAGGGCUAAAUAUAGUAUAUAUCCAAUAUAGACUUCUUGUGUUAGAGAGUCAUUUGAAACAACCAAGGUGGUCCUAGCUCAUGACUCCUUUCACAAAAUUUUUGGUUAACAUCCAUUUUAGUCAUUUUGAAGUCUGUUGAUUAUAUGCAAUGGAAAUUGUUCUGUUGGUAAUGAUUUUUAUGCCCCAUUUAUGGGCAUUAUGUUUUCUGAUCUUUGCGUCCUUUGGUCCGUCCGUUCAUCCGCCCCUUCAUCCAUCUGUCCCUCUUCAGGUUAAAGUUUUUGGUAGAAGUAGUUUUAAAUGAAGUUGAAGUCCAAUCAACUUGAACUAAGUACACAUGUUCCCUAUGAUAUGAUCUUUCUAAUUGUAAUGCCAAAUUAGAGAUUUUCAUCCAUUUUCCUGGUUCACUGAACAUAGAAAAUGAUAGUUUGGAUGGGGCAUCCGAGUACUGGGGACACAUUCUUGUUGUAUCUUGAAAAUUGAAUUCUUAAAAAAAAUCUUUUUUAUAGAAAUGCUUCUACAAGUGUGUUAACAUCUGGUAUAAACAAAUUAAAAUGUUAACUUUUUUCCUAAGUUGGCACAAUUAAGGUAAGUUCUGACAAAAAAUAAAUAAAAUAAUGUAGCGUAAAUCAGAGUUUUUAUGCCCCACCUACGAUAGUAGAGGGGCAUUAUGUUUUCUGGUCUGUGCGUCCAAUCGUCCGUCCGUCUGUUCCGCUUCAGGUUAAAGUUUUUGGUCAAGGUAGUUUUUGAUGAAGUUGAAGUCCAAUCAACUUGAAACUUAGUACACCUGUUACUUAUGAUAUGAUCUUUCUAAUUUUAAAGACAAAUUAAAUUUUUGACCCCAAUUUCACGGUCCACUGAACAUAGAAAAUGAAAGUGCAUGUUUCAGGUUAAAGUUUUUGGUCAAGGUAGUUUUUGAUGAAGUUGAUGUCCAAUCAACUUGAAACUUAGUACACAUGUUCCCUAUGAUAUUAUCUUUCUAAUUUUAAUGCCUAAUUAUAUUUUUUAUCCAAUUUCACGGUCCAUUGAACAUGGAAAAUGAUAGUGCGAGUGGGGCACUUUGGACACAUUCUUGUUUUUAUAUAUUUUCUUUGGGUUAAGUUUAUUGAAGUUUCAUUCCUGAGUAACAUGGGAAAGACUCCUCAUCUGGAAGGACCAAUCAGUAAGGCUCUUUUAUAAUAAACUUUAUUAAAAGUUUGAGAUGUCUUUAAUUUAAAUAAUAGGAAAACUUUCAUAGAUCUUAAAUAACAAUUAAAUGGAAGAGAUCAAAAGAUAAUAUUGUUUAAAUAUUUAAUGCUUACAUAUAAGGAGAUGUGAAGGUUAAUCUGAAUGUUAGCAGACAAGACAACAAGACUAUGCAUUUUUAUGCCCCAUCUACGAUAGUAGAGGGGCAUUAUGUUUUCUGGUCUGUGCCUCUGUUCGUUCGUCCGUUCGCUUCAGGUUAAAGUUUUUGGUCAAGGUAGUUUUUGAUGAAGUUGAAGUCCAAUCAACUUGAAACUUAGUACACAUGUUCCCCAUGAUAUGUUCUUUCUAAUUUUAUGCCAAAUUAUAGUUUCGACCCCAAUUUCAUGGUUCACUGAACAUAGAAAAUGAUAGUGUGAAAUUCAGGUUAAAGUUUUUGGUCAAGGUAGUUUUUGAUGAAGUUGAAGUCCAAUCAACUUGAAACUUAGUACACAUGUUCCACAUGAUAUAUCUCUAAUUUUGAUCCCAAAUUAAAGUUUUGACCCCAAUUUCACGGUCCACUGAACAUAGAAAAUGAUAGUGCGAGUGGGGCAUCCAUGUUCUAUGGACACAUUCUUGUUAAUUAUAACUUUGAGAGGAAACAAAUUGUAACUCUUGCCUUGGACUUUUUCCUUGGCAUUUAUUAUUGCAUGGUUAAUUUGUUUAUAUGAACAAAAAGAGAUUAUACAGAGGUUUUAAAGCAGCUUAGAUUAUUAUUUAAAAAAAAGAAGGCCAGUGUUAGGUUUUCUAUCAUUUGGUAAACCAAGGAUUUGUAUAGUAAGAAAUGUAUAGUAAGACUAUACAAAUCCUUGGAUAAACAAAACAUAAAGUGCUGACUGUGUUCUUGAAGAUUGAAGUGCAUUUAUAUCAUUAUAGCUAUUGAAAUAGGUACAUUCAUAAUCAUCAUUAAAGAAUAUUUUUAUAUCUUGAUUUUACAGGUAGUGCAAUAAGUUGUAAAAUAAUGGAAAUAGGAUUUACUGUGAACUUACAACUUUCCAUUACUUUGAAACUUAUUAAAAUUACCAAAAUAGUUCACAAAAAUGACGUUCCAAAAGUAGAAACCUAUCAUUUGUUUUAUGUUAAUUGCCUACUUUUUUAAUUGUGAGGUUUAAAAUUGUAUUUUAUUUUAAAAUGUAUUUUAUGUUUUAGAAACCAAGGAUUUGUAUAGUUAAAUUUUACUUUACAAAUCCUUGUAAAAACUAAAGACUCAUUUACACUAUUUUGUGCAAUCAAAGAUAUUUCCUUGUGUUGAAAAUAUAAUUAGCAUUGGAAUAAAACCUCUGAAACAUUAUCCUAUAAGUACUUAACAAUUUUCUUUCAAAUGUUCUACUCUAUCCAAGUAUCUAAUGAGCUGUUUUAAAAAAAUAGGAGGAACAUGCAAUAAAUAUUACAUGUCCAGAAUUUUUCUUUUUCAUGUUUCGCAAUAAAUUUCUUUGAUAUUUUAUGUGCAUAUAUUUUUACAAUGUUUGAACUGCCAUAUUUGACUUUUAAUGAAUGUCUGGUGAGAAAUGAAUUAUUACUCACAGUAUAAAGUUGGAUGAGUGUAGAUUGUAAAGUUUAAUUUUUUUUUUAUCAGUAUUCAUUGCAGUUGUCAUACAGCUAUAUACAAUAAUAGCCAUGUUUACAGUUUGAAUCGGUCAAUUCAGACUAAAUAAAAUAAUCUUCUGAGUUGCCAUAUACAGCUGAGCACCUGUAUUAAUACAUGUAGUAAUUAUAUUUCUCAACAUAGAUGUAUGAAUGUGCUUUAUUUAUUGUUUCAAAAGAGGAUGACAUGUUGUAAGUGAAAAUAUUUUAGUUUGUUGUUUUUUUAAAUUAAUGUCCAGUGGCAAAUAUUUGCACGAAAACAGAUAACAGUAAAUCUGAUAGGUAUGGUUUGCAAAGUGUGUUUAGAUGAAUUGAUAAUUUAGACACCCUAUAGAAAAAGAAAAAAAUUACUUGAUUGUGUCCUAGUUUACGUGUAUUAUAAAACUUUUUCUAAGCCAUCUUCCUUUAGAAAUUUGAGAAUACCAUUGAAACAGACUGAAAUAUUUGGCAUAAAUCUUACAAGUUUUUCCCCAAAAAUUUUAAGAUCUAGGAAACAUUUCUCUCGAUCAUUUUGUUAUAAUUUGUUUGUACUUUUUGUGUGUGUGAAUAAAAGAAAGAUUGCAUUAAAAACUUAUCUAAAUAAUUUGUUUUGAUGCAAUUUAUACAAUUUGAAUAUCACAGAUGUAAAAGUUGUUUGUUAUUUAUGGUGUAAAGGCACAAUAACUGUGAUUAUUUGUUAACUGUUUGCAUAUUAUAUUUUGUUUUAAUUGUUUGGAGUAUUAAUAAAAGGAAUUUUAUCCAA